GAUUAUAUACGUGAAAAACACACAUCAUAUAUUGUCGUAUUGAAGCUGGAUCAUAUCAGUAGGAUUUCUAUUCCAUUGGGACGAAGCUAAGAUAUAUGGAAGAGAGAAGGAUAUAAUCUCCAUCAGAGUUAGUGUGCAUCGGAUCCUUCGCCUCUAUGUUGAAACCUUCAACCUUCUCCAACUGCCCCCUUUCUCUCUCUUCACCUCUCUUUCUCUCUCUCUCUCUCUCUCUUCAAAAGCAGUAGCUCAGAGAAGCUGCACUUCCAAAUUAUAUUCCAGAAAAUGAAACCUCACUCCCAGAACCCAUAAAGAUAUGUGAGUGCUUGCUGCGAUAUAUAUAAUUCUCUCUCUCUCUCUCUCUCUCUCUCUUGCUGCAAUCCAAACACGUUCUGAGCUGUCUUUUGUUCUGUUUCGCGUUUGCGUAAACCUUGAUGUACUCGAAACUGGAUCACGUAUUGGGUAUUAUGUCAGAGCGUCAGGAUUUCCACCCCAAGAAAGAUCAAGAAAAGGAGAUCCAAUCCGAAAUCCAGAUCCGACCCGCUUCCCACGAUCCAAAAGGGUGCCCCACCGUCGCACCAAGUCGUCAUCUUUCCCAGCUCCAAGAAUUACACGUCGCCGGCGCCGGCGGCGAUGGUGGUGAAGACGACGACAACGACAACCGGAAAGAUCAGAAAGAAGUGAUCGAACCCGGUAUUUCGACCCGACCCACGUCGCAAGACCCAGAAGGGUGCCCGGAUGUUCCUCCGACAAGCUCGCAUCAUCUUUCGGAGCUCCGAGGUUUUCGAGAACUUCGAGGAGAGGAGGAGGGUGAGAAAGAGCAGCAGCUCGGAAAGUCCGAGGUAGCAGAAGACGACGAUGGGUUCAGAACUCCAGAUUCUUUGGAACACAGAAUCCCAGUGAUCACAGCGUGCCCGCCAGCACCCAAGAAAACCCGGCCCAAGAUUUCACCGGCAAAGAGAAGUCGAACAACCGCCGAGCUGCUCGACCUGUCGGACGAGGUUGAAUCGCUGUGUUCUCCGUCGAACACCAAGAUAAAGAAGUUCAAGAAAGAAGAAGACGACGGUUCAGAAUUAUGAAUGAAAAUUCUUUACCAGUAUAUUUCUAUGUGAUUUGGAGGUGUGUUUUAAUGUUAAACUAAGUAUGUUUCCCAAGGUGGCAAACAUCCUUCAUGAUGGAUUCUCCCCACUGGCUGACACAAGUUAAAUGUUUAUGGGAAUUACAGCCCUAAAUGAUACUUUCUAUGGUACAGGAAAUACCAACUAGCUAGGCUGUUACUUACUAUGCAAUAUUAAAUUUACAAUGUUUAAAUUUUUUUUUUAAUCAUCUGUAAAUUUGAUAACACUACACAAAGUUUU